CAGAGCCAAAACGACGAGUCCUAUUCAGUUGCAUUUCAACAACACAUACUGCCAUUGCUCAAUGCUCACACUCACAUUCACAAUCAAAGGACCGUGUGGCUGAAGAGGUUUAGGGCAGGGCUGGCAACACUGCCAACAGGAAGGCAGAAUGAGGUCUAUAAUGUUACGCAGUUUGGUAAGACUCACCCUGGUGGAGAUGCUAUCUUCAAAAAUGUUGGAGGAAACGCAUCGCUUGGGUUUCAUCAGCAGCAGGCUCAUGUGAUGGUCAGAACCAUGAUUGAAGAGGAAUUAGAGAAGAUGUGCAUUGGAACAGUUAAAGACAGCUAAUGCAGUGGUCCUCAAUGAACAUACAUUUCCAGGCAAUAUUUUAUUACAACAUGGAUACCGAUGGUGAAGGCGAAACAAUGGAAAGAUACGGUCUGACACUUUUAAGUCAAGCUGCAUGGGACGGAAAUGACAACACUGUACAGGAAUUAAUUGAAAAAGGCGCUUCCAUUGAAACAAAGGAUUUUAAAGGAAACACUUCUUUGAUCCUUGCUAUCUAUCAAGGCCAUAGCAGUAUUGUUCAGGUACUUUUAGACAAAGGUGCAGGUAUCGAAACAAAGGGAAGUAAUGAUUGGUCUCCCAUUCAUUUCGCAUCAAAUAGAGGAUAUGAGAAUACAGUGAAACUUCUGCUUGAUAGAGGUGCAGAAAUUGAGACUCGGACAAACAAUGGUUUCUCUCCUCUUUCAAUAGCAUCUGAAAAUGGACAUGAAAAUGUUGUCGAACUUCUUCUUGACCAAGGUGCCAAUAUUGAAUCAAAGGACAAUAGUGGCUUUUCCCCACUGGCCUUAGCGUCAGAAAAUGGAAGGAGUGGUGUUGUUAAACUUUUGUUGGGUAGAGGUGCAGAGAUCGAGGCAAAAACUUUGGAUGGGUUUUCUCCUCUUUCACUUGCAUCACAAAAUGGACAUGAAGAUAUUGUGAACAUUUUGCUAGACAGUGGUGCAAAUUUAGAAUCGAAGGGAAAGGGUGGUUUCUCACCUCUUUGUUUAGCAGUACAAGAUGGACAUGAGAAAGUUGCUGAAGUUCUGCUGGAUAAAGGUGCAGAGAUUGAGGCGAAGACAAAGAGUAAUUUUUCACCUCUUUCUAUAGCAUCACUCAAUAGACAUGAGAAUGUUGUUAAGCUUCUGCUAGACAGAGGCGCAUCGAUUGAAUCGGCAGAAAAUAGUGGUUUCACUCCUCUUUGUUUGGCGGCACAAAGUGGAAAUGAGAACAUAGUUAAACUUCUUUUGGAUAGUGGUGCAGACAUUGAGACAAAGAUCAACUAUGGUUAUUCUGUUCUCACAAUAGCAUCUCAAAACGGACACGAAAAUGUCGUUAAACUUCUUUUAGAUAGAGGUGCCAAUACUGAAUCUAAGGGUGCAUAUGAUUGGUGUCCGAUUUUCGAAGCUAUAUUCAGUGGUCAUACUGGUAUAGUGCUUUUAUUACUUGAGUUUGAAGCAAAUAUCGAGAGCAGGGACAGCCGAGGUCGAUCUCCCCUUAGUGUUGCUGCAUCUAUAGGGAAGGUGGAUAUUGUGGAUAUCCUUCUAAAAGACGGUGCAGACUAUGACAGCAAAGACGAAGAUGCGGUUUCCGCUUUGGAUAAUGGUAUCAUUCAUGGCCAAGUUGAUGUGGUGGAGUGUUUUUUGAAACAUAUCACCAAAAAAGGUGACCUGGGAACCAUUGUAUGUGAGAAACUGUCACUGGCAGCCAAACAUGGACAGAAAGAUGUUAUCUUGUGCAUUAUGAAACUGGGAAAUCAGUCCGAUUUAGACUAUGUUGAUAGAAAUGGUUGUUCUCCCUUAGCAGAGGCUAUUUCACAGGGUCAGCUUGACUGUGUACGGUAUCUCCAAUCAUUGGGCGCUACAUUGUCCUUUGUUGGAGACGACAAAUUGAUCCAGUGUCUGUCUCGGUGUUGGUCUCUAGAUAUGUACCAGUAUCUUUUAGUUGCUGGAUUGAAUCCUCUGGCAGUUGAUAACAGUGGUCACAAGGUCCAUGAUUAUGUUUGUUAUGGUGAAUAUAUUGACUGGGAUGUCUUCAAGACCCUGUCACCUGCAACGGUAGAUGGUCGCCCCAGAAAGGUGACUGCGACAAGUUUAGUCACCUAUCCAGGGUUAGGCUCAGUGAGAGCGCUUCCUUACUAUAUAAGACGUGAUUUGACACAAACUAUCCUUAAGAAAGUUUCCAGUAUCACAGAGCAAGCUCGCAAUUUUUAUAAAUUGUCUUUUGAACCAAUUGGAAGUUCAGUAGAGUCGACAAAAGUGGGAUUGACUGAUGAAUUUGACUUCAUGCUUCAGAGUUCAAGUAAUAUUGUUAUCGUGGACGAACUCUUUGAUGUUGGCCAUGGAUACAUAAGGUAUGACGAAGCUAACAGGCUUUCCAACAGCAGCAAAGUGUUUCAUAACAACGUUUGGUUUUACAUGGAGUCCAAGGAUGACAUGCUGAUUUCGGCUCCUCCAGCUACCGCUGGGGAAGGUACUGCUAGUACACCCAUCAAAAUGCGAUACCAGAAAGAGGCAACUGAUCAGAGCAGCCUCAUGGUAUCUGUCGACCUCGUCCCAGUGCUUCAAGUCAAGGACUGGCCCAGUGAUGCUAUACAGAGAACCUGGAUGAUGACUCGUAACGACCUGAGAGCACGUGGAUACCAGUUGGUUGCCAGGCCACCGCAUCGAGACAGUGAAUUUGGGAAAACAUUUGAAGAGUCUGAGCGAGAAAGGCUCUAUCGUGUCACAUUCUCUAAACUUGAAGUUGAACACAUCAGGAACCUACCGGACAGGGUAAAGGAUGCCUACAUCUUGGCCAAAUGUCUUCGGAGUCCUGUGGUAUGCCGUGUGGUUGUUCAGGAUGAUGAUGGAGUAAUUUAUUUUGUUGAUAAAUUCAUCACCAGUUAUCUCCUGAAAACGGUCUUCAUGCACAAUGUGGAUGAGUUCCUUGUACACCAGAGACCCCUGGUGGAGAUGGCAUACAUUCUGUACUGCCAGCUUGAGUACUACCUGUCGCAUGGCUUCCUUCCUCUGUUCUGGAUGCAAAAGGUCAACCUGCUGGAAGGGGUUAACAUCAAUGCUGCCAAAUCACACAAAGUAGCAGCACAUAUGAAAGCUCACAUAGGUAAACUUUACCAUGAAGAACUUGGCAAGGAACCCCCUGUGGACCUACAUGAUACCAUUGAGAUGCCUCCAGAUUGCCAAGCUAUUGACUUGACAGUAGCUUCAGGGAUAGAGAUUUUAUGUUUGCCUUUGAAACAAUAAAGGAAGGGUCAAAUGUGUCCAUCGAUCUCGACAGAAAUACUGGUUGUGACAUUGGUUGGGUUUAAUAAUGUUAGGUUUUCAGUGUGGUGCCAUCUUUCUUGGAGUUGUUAAUAUGGUCGGUGCCCGACUUCUCAUUUUUGCGUUAGUCACAACAUUCCUGCUUGUAUUUGCUUCAGGUGUGCUGUCCAGAUCAGUGAUUUACUGUAAUCAUUAGAAUAGUGUCUGUAGUAUUGAUGUGGUGGUGGUCAGUAUUGGUAUCUUUGCAAAUAUUUGUGGUUUACUGUAAUGUAAUAACAUUGUCUUCCAAGUUUUGCUUUUUGGUAUGCCCAAAGUCAGGUCACUGGUGGAAAUUUUGAACUUAAAAGUACUCAUCUGGGUAGAAGUGUCAUUAUUGCGCCAUUCAGUGAGUAAAAACUGGGAGUUGGUUUUCCAGAAUUAUUGAAAUUCUGUACACCAAAUUACAAAUUUGUAUCGUUUGAAAUUGUAACUGGCUCAAUUUACUUGAAAGCACUUGAGGU